AUGGCCACAGGAUGGAUGUCCCCCGCUGCGUAUGCGAGGCUCCCUCCUCCCCAACAGCAGCAUCCCCAACAAUUUGCCACAUCUCCCAUGUUGACCAAUGCUGCUGCCCACGACAACAAUUCUAAUUCCAAUGAUGUGAAUAAUAACAAUAAUAACAACAACAACAACAACAACAACAACAAUACCGAUGACGACGAGUUGGUGAAUGCGAUUGAACGGAUUUUGUCGGCCGAAGGGAAUCGUCGUAUUUUGGCCAUGUCUCCUUCGGCUUGUAUGCACCAUCAAACGCAGCAGCAACAACAAACCCAUGUGGGACCAUUUUUGGAACGCGAAUUGACCAUUUUGAGUUUACUCUGUACCCAAGUCAGCAAUAAACGGAAAUCGGUGGAAGGAUUUGCCGCCGUGGAAGUGGAUCUCUUGACGACGCUCACGGAAUUACUGGAAAAACACGUCAAUUUGGCCGUCAAUGUCGAUUUGGUGUCCGAGGCGAGCGCUGUCGUUUCCAAACGAGAAAUGAGAAUGGAGCAGUGGCUACGACCUGGAUCCACCGGCAGCGAACGAGUGGCAGCUCUGAAAUUGGGAUUGGAAGCGGCGGGCAUUCUCCUCUUUGUGGUGACCAGUCCUGGCAUUGACGCAAGUGUCGUCUCGGAAGAUGCCAUUGAAGCCGCCUUUACGUUGCUCCGACACAAUCUCGCCAAGAAUCUCAUUCCAGCCCUCAACAAUACGGGUCACCGACUGGCAGCACAGGAAAUGGACGAAAAGAAAGGUCUAGGAGCAUCGGCACGCAAGAAAAAGCGACGCGCGACCGACGGCGGAGAAUCCAAUAUG